GCUAAUAAAUGUUCAGCAGCCAAUAAAGUUGCGGCAUUUUUAGUUAAUUAACUCACAAUGUACGUCUAGUUUACGGCGUCCGGGUUCUUGCUGCUGUUUGUUUUCGCCUAAGGAGGAAAAGGCGGGGCUUGGUUUUCUCUAAGCCGCCAAUCAGAACGGGCUUCUUAUACGUGAUUAAUAACCUUGCAUUCGGAAGUUACUGAGCUUCCAGCCGUCCCCGCCGUCUUUGCUUUGCUCGGAUCGUAGGUUGUUGAGCUCGUCAUGAUGGAUUCCUCGUCAUCUCCUUCCAGUCCGGUUGCUCCGUCUCCUCUUGUCGGCGGCUCUUUUCCUCUUGCGCUAAGGAAGCUCAUAGAGAACCCGCCCAAGAACUUUCUGGAGGAGAGAGAUGUCGGUGAGGGACACGAGAAGGACAAGACCAAGUUGGACAAGGAUGAUGAUUAUGAUAGUAUUGUGGCCUCUGCAUCACUCAUGCCCCCUAUCUGGGACAAAACCAUUCCCUAUGAUGGAGAGUCCUUUCACCUUGAGUAUAUGGACCUUGAUGAAUUCUUACUGGAGAAUGGAAUUUCUUCCAACCCAACACAGCUUGCCCGAGCCAUUCAGGAUCCACUUAUGUCUGUAGCAGAUCUUGAAAGUGACAUUGAACCAGCUUCAACUUUAUCUGCCUCACCACUGUCUCCCUCUGUGCUGCUGGGGAACUCAGAAGAUAGAGACUUAAAGGUUGACUCAAAGGCUGAGGAAGACCCUCCUAGUCCUGUUGAACCAGAAAAGGUAGAGGUAGAAGUGAACUUUAACCCAGAUCCAACAGAUCUUUUACUCUCCACUGUGCCUGGUGAGGAACUUUUUGAUCCCAGGAAGCAUAAGUUUGCAGAGGAGGAACUGAAGCCUCAACCCAUGGUCAAGAAGGCUAAGAAAAUAUAUGUCCCAGAAGAUUUGAAGGAUGAAAAAUACUGGAACAGACGGAAGAAGAACAAUGUUGCAGCAAAGCGUUCCCGUGAAGCCCGGCGACUCAAAGAGAAUCAAAUCACUGUCCGGGCAGCCUUCCUGGAAAAAGAAAACACAGCACUGCGCUCAGAGGUGGCUGACCUGCGCAAAGAGCUGGGCAAAAGCAGGAACAUCAUUUCCAAAUAUGAAAAGCAGUUUGGACUGUUUGACUUCAACGAUUCAGAGUGAGGCUUCUUUCAAAUUUCAAUUUUGUCCAAACGACUUUUACUGUAAAACCUUCCAGCACUGAGUACCAAUGGAAAUGACCUUUUUCAACAGAUAUCAAUGAAACUAGAAUUCUUCCUAAAUGCUGACUAAAUCCAUUUCCUCAAGAACAAGAAGGCGCAGAUUUCUUCAGACAACCAAGCCAAUCAGAAUUGCUUAGAAUUAUAUAUAUUUUUUUUCUUUUUCAGUGGUUUUUUUUUUGGUGUGGAACUGGAGAUGGUAACGUUCUCUGAGUGCCUUGCAUAUAGAAUGCAGUGCCGAUGCCUGAGUGGUGAAAUGACUUUGCAUGACCAGUAUAUGUGGUUGGUUGUCAUGAGUAGUAAAUACGGUUCUAGGGUUGAACUGCAGCCAUUUCAGAUUAUUCUGUUUAAACCUUAGUUCUCUGUAGGAAUAAUGGAAUGUUCUUACUGGGCCAGUAUAACAGCAGCACAAUAUAAUGUUUGGUUUCAUGUUCACAUGACAAACAAUAUCAAAUACUUCUUUAAUGUGUACAGUUUAUUCUGUUAAUACAAUGUGGUGUUUUUUUCAGGGUUUAGUCAUUUCUUUCUAUUGUAGAUUGUAAUUUACCUGCAGAUUUCCAAACAAUGUUAUACUGCAACUCCCAGCAUCACACCGGCAUCUGUAAUAAGGAUUCUGUGAGUAGUAGUUCAGCAUCUGGAUAACUUCACGUUGCCUAUUAUUGUUUCAUAAUUUUAAAAAUAGUGGCAGAACAGCGGCAGUGAACCUAAAACUGGCGGGAUGCAGAAUUCUCAGAGGUGGGCAAAGAGACGUAGGUAGGGUGGAACCCAAGCAAAGGCAAUAGAAAAACAUGUAUGCAAUAUUUUUCUACUUUUGUGAGAAUGUUCAAAUUAAAUUGAGUUUAUUUGAAAA